AUGACCACAAACGGAACAUCUCCCAGGACUCUGGCGGUAGGCUCACUCGGGACAGCAAGCGACGAGUCAUACUAUUCGCUACUUUCUGGACUUGAAGGAGCAGUGGAUAAAUACAUGGUUGAUAGGAUCGUCGAAUCCGCCGUCGAGCAGCAAAAAGAUUACUACGACCGUGCCCAUGUAAUCCUCACAAGUGGUGACUACGAAUCCCUCACAAAUAGCCUUCCAACGCUCUUUGCAUUCAUCGCCCUCGCGCUUGUACCCGGUGGCGAGCUUUCCGUGCACAACGUCCCGUCCGGUUCGGCACUCUCCAAACUUAUCUCGGACGCGGGAUUGGAUGUAUCUCAAACUGAUACAUCCAUUAUCACCGCCAAAAAGUCGUCGCCCUCAAAGGAACAAAAGCCUACCUCCGUCGCCCUCCCCAAACGAUCUACAAAGUCCAACAAGGCAGCGAUCUGGGCCUUCUCUUCACCCUCUACGCCCACCAUUGAUGCUACUUCACUUCUUCAGCCUUCGGACCUUGCGCGUCCAGUACCGACAUGCGAACCAUUUAUCGCAGACGGUGCGCCACGACGCAAAAAGGCUUGCAAGGGUUGCACAUGUGGCCUGGCAGAGAUUGAAGCUGAAGAGGCAAAGCAAGGGAAGACGGUCAUGCUCAGCGCCCAAGUCGACGGCGAGGCGGUCGUAGUCGGUGAUGAAGAGAGGCAACGGCUGAUCAAGGCAGCAGCCAUGUCUAAGAAGGCAACGAGCAGCUGUGGGAGCUGUUUCUUGGGUGAUGCGUUUCGAUGCGCGAGUUGCCCGUAUUUAGGCCUUCCCGCGUUCAAACCUGGAGAGCAGGUUGUGAUAGACGUAGGAAUGGACGACAUAUAA